AUGUCUGUCAGAGCACAAUUUGAAAACUCCAACGAAGUUGGCGUCUUUUCCAAACUCACAAACUCAUACUCUCUCGUCGCCAUUGGCGGUUCGCAAAACUUCUACAGUGUCUUUGAGAGCCAGCUGCAAGAUGUUAUCCCCAUUGUCAACACAACCAUUGCCGGUACUCGCAUCAUAGGCCGCAUGACCGCCGGCAACCGCCGUGGCCUGUUAGUCCCCACCCAGACUACUGACCAGGAGCUGCAGCACCUGCGCAACUCGCUUCCUGACACUGUCAAGAUCCAGCGUGUUGAGGAACGGCUGUCAGCUCUGGGCAAUGUCAUUUGCUGCAACGACUACGUUGCUCUUGUGCACCCAGAUAUUGAGCGCGAGACUGAAGAAAUCAUUGCUGAUACCCUUGGCGUCGAAGUCUUCCGCCAAACCGUCGCAGGAAACGUCCUGGUCGGUUCUUACGCUACAAUCACUAACCAGGGAGGCCUCGUCCACCCUCAAACUUCUAUCCAGGAUCAGGAGGAACUCUCAUCUCUGUUACAGAUCCCCAUCGUCGCAGGUUCCGUCAACCGUGGUUCUCCAGUCAUUGGCUCCGGUCUUGUUGCCAACGAUUGGCUUGCUGUUGUUGGUAUGGACACCACUGCUCCUGAGCUCUCUGUUGUUGAAAGUAUAUUCGGUCUGUCGAAUGAAGCUCCUGAGGAGGGCGUUCUCAUUGAGCACUACUACUAA